UUCUCAGCAUCCCCUCGGGUCCGUCCAGCAGCUCCUGUGUCCCGGGGUGUCUGGGCUGAAAGGCCCCUGUGGCUCUGAGAAAGGGACAGAGAGGUGGAGGCCGUGACAGAACACCAGGAAUUGGGGCCACUCCAGCCGCCGCGAUGCCGGGACUCCUCUCCGUGCUCCCCUGCCUGCUCCUCCUCUCCCUGCCGGGCCCCAGCGCCGGCUCCGAUGAUGACGGCAUCGUGGUGCUCACCACCAGCGGCCCCAUCCGGGGCAAGCACCUCCCGGCCGGCUCCGGCACGGUCACGGCCUUCCUGGGGGUCCCCUACGCCCAGCCCCCCGUGGGGGCCUUGCGCUUCCAGAAGCCGCUUCCCCACCAGCCCUGGAGCGACGUCCUGGAGGCCACCGGCUUCGGCCACGCCUGCCCCCAGCCUCCGCUUACUAGUUACCCCGACGCCUACAUGUGGAACUCCAAUAUUCCACAGUCCGAGGACUGUCUCUUCCUCAACGUGUGGGUGCCCCACCCCCGGCCCCCGGAGCCGGUCCCCGUCCUCGUCUGGAUCCACGGCGGGGCUUUCUUCUCUGGCGCUGCCUCCCUCGACGUCUACGAUGGCCGCUUCCUCGCCGCCGCCGAGAACGUGAUCGUGGCCUCC